GACUGUCGUCACCAAAAGUUCAGUUGGCGCACCUGCUUUCUAACGGUUAGUUAAUUAGCUAAAUCAAGCGGGUCUCGGGUAGUGAAAAGUGGCUUUUUAAUUUUGCUAAUGUUUCCCUCGUCCGGUCUUUUCGCUGACAUAAAUUGUCCUGUAUCCAAACGUGGGCUUUGUGAGCGGCCACAUUGUUUGUACAAACAUGUGACAGAGUUGCGGGAUAUGUUCGGUGCCUCCAAUAAAUCAUCGAUACAUGCAGGAGUACAAAAUGGCUAUCUGUAUGCUGACUGUGAAGCACCAGUGAAUGAUGAGACCAAAGACCAAUGCCUCCAGGAGCUGGAACGGAUCAACAAAGAGAUUGAAACUGUAAGGCACGAGGUGGAGCAGGAGCAAAGGCGACUGUCUCACUACCAGACUGUACAGCAAGACAGCAGAAACACUGUGCCUAAUGUCUCUGUUUCCAAGUCUGAGACUGCAGGUAAAACUGUAGACAGAAGUUCUCUUGGUUGGUCUUCAUGCACAAACUCUACCAAAACAUCCUCCCGAGCAAAGAAGUACGUGGUUGACAACUCAAAACCAAGGACCGAUUUAGAGUAUGAUCCUCUGUCCAACUUUUCUGCUGACUUGAGCUCUUACAGUUCAUCAGGUAAAGGGCAUAAAGGAAAACAUGGUAAAGGUUUGAAAAGAGAAGGAAAAGCUGUGCCUUCUGACCAGAAGAAGCCAGUCACAUAUCGGCCUCAGCCUUCUCCGCUGCCAUCUCCAGAGCCACUCGAUGACUCCAAUGAAGACAGCAUCUUGAUUAUUGACAUUUCUCCCUCGCCUGCCAGAAAGAGAGGGCGAGUUGAGAAACCUGUUGAUUCUGUUUCUGGCAAAUCCCUUCAGGAUAAAGUUGUGGAAUGGGCUGAGGUUGAAACGGCAACUAUUUCAAUUCAUUCUCCACCACUGAGCCUUUCAGACACUGAGGUGUGCAAGGUCAGAUCUCAACCUGCACCCACAGUAGAAGAAAGUAGAGUUUAUAGUUAUUGCAUUGGUGAAUUUAAUCCAGGUUCAACUGAUCUAGAUGAAAACAAAGAACCCAAAAAUAUACCAGUCGAUGGGAGUGUAGUUUACUUGACUAGUGGUUCAGAAGAUCUGGAAAGAGAAAGCUAUGAAAUAAAUCAUUGUAAGACUGCUGAUGUGAUAGUGGAUAGAAGUCCUGAAGUGGCAAGUCCUCCUGCCACCACAAACCAGAAGUAUCAAAACUGUAUCGAUCUGGUGACAGAAAAGGAAGAAAAGACAUUUCAGGUUGAAUUGCCUCAGUGUGAGCUAUCCCAUAAUAUUAAGAAAAUGAAUCCUCUGCAGCCAUAUAAUGUUCCAUCUAAGAAUUCACUUUUUUAUAAAGCCCCAUCUGCUAACUCAGACCCACAAUUAAGUCAACACACCAAGCAAGCUCAGAAAACAGAUCUGCAAGCACAGAACAGGGAUGGUAAUCUGUGGUCUUCCACAAAAUCUGUACCAUCAAUGCUUAUCCACAGCCAGAAAAAGUCAAGCAAAAUUCCAGGACAGAUGCUGGGUGAAGCUGCGGUUAACCAUGCUCCACCUGAAAGCUAUGUGGAGACAGUGGAAUCGGUGUUAGGCAGCAACCAAGGACCGGCUUGGGACAUGUCUUCAGCUUCAAGUUUGACAUGCAUAGCUGAGUCAUCAUCCACAUCAACUGAGCAACUUUUGGGGAGAGCAGAUAACAAGGAAGUAAUAACCAUUGAUUCCAGCUCUGACAAUGAAGAUGAGCUCAACAAUUCAGAAAUUGAUUUGUCUGACAGUGACACAAUGGAGGAAUGCUACAGGAUCUUCAUGGAAGCAAACAACGAGGAUGAGGGAAAUUAUGUGCAGCCCAGUGUGUCUGUUGGAGCCAUGGAUGUAGAUAAGGAAACGUUGAAUGUUAAACCCCAACCACUGGCAGGAAAGAAGAGGAUGGCUCAUGAAGCCAAACAUACAGAGCAGGCAGUGGUUAAAAACCGACCUCAGCCCCAGGUGCUGGUUCCCUUACGUGGGCCUGCGGUGUCAAGAUUUGCCUCCCAACCUGCUGUGAAUUCCAAGAUCCAGCAGGUACAGCAGAGAGCCUCCAUGCUGACAACCCCAGUUAAAGGUGGUCAGACAUUUGUUUCUCCAACCUAUCAGAGGAGGCCAGAGGCCCAGAGCACAUUUUCUGCUUCAGUUCAGAGCCCUGAAAACCUGCAGCCUGUUCAUGUGCAAAAUGCUUAUGUGAACUACAUACCUUUGGGAACUGCGGUGAUUGGAGUCGGCAACAACUUGCACCUGAUCCUCCCACAGGGCACCCUUCCUUUGCCUGUAACUUCCAGCCCCUGCCCAGUUACUUCUGUGCUAACCCCAAUCAGUCAAGUGGAGACAAAUGCUGUUGCUGUGAAACAAACAAAUUAUCCACCUGCAACUUCCACUGUGCAACGAUACCGCACAACAGCGCCUGUGCUCAUCCCGGCACCGGCGCGCAAGCCUUCACUGUCCUUUGCAUCUGCACAUUCAAGUCAGGCCACUUCCUCCACUAUUCCUACAGCUUCUAUGGUUAAGCCAGUACCCACUAAACGUAAAUUGAAGCAGAAUUGCGAGGCUGCCAAAGACAAAGUGCCGCAUGACACCCGACAGCGUUAUGUCAACAUGUUCACAGAGGAGUUCCUCAAAACAGCAGCCAAUGUCAAUGAAGCCUUUGAGAAGGCAAUUGCAGAAGAGAGGACUGUGUAUAAUCGCAGCGUGAACAAACUCAAAUAUAUGAGUGUUGCAGUGAAUGCACUGAAGAGGCUAAAGAACCAAAGUGCUGUUACUGCUAAAGAUGAAAAUGAAUUCAGCAGCCAGAGAUUAAAAGGCAACAUUCCACUUAACUUGAGGAAGUUAAAAGGAAAUGAAGAUAAGGCUUUAUAUGAGAGUUUGAAGGACUACAUUUUGACCGAGGACAGGCUGAUUGAGAGCAACUAUCCUGUCCAGCACCCAGAGAAACCUGGUUCGGCUAUUCUUUUUGCAGACAAUAAGAAGGGCAAAGGAGACCCCCUCAAAAGGAUCUGCUGUCGAUGUGGGGCUGAAUAUUCUGUGAGCCAAACAGGCAAACACACCCGUAAGGAGGAGUGUAAUUACCACUAUGGGAAAGCUGUUAAGAAUAAAGUGCCAGGUGGAGUUGAGACCCGCUACAGUUGCUGUGAGGGAGUCAUGGGAGCACCUGGAUGUCAGGUGUUUCAGUUGCAUGUCCAUGAUUCACUCAGCCUGGAUGGAUUUGUCUCAACUGUACCCCGACCAAUCUCAGAUACAGGCUGUCCGGGGGUCUACUCCUUGGAUUGUGAAAUGUGUUACACUAUUCAUGGUCUGGAGCUGUCCAGAGUGACGCUGAUCAACUCAAGUGUGCAAGUCGUCUAUGACACCUUUGUCAGACCUGAUAAUGAGAUCAUCGACUACAACACAAGAUUUUCAGGCAUCAGUGAGGAGGAUGUGAAGGAUAACUGCACCUCCCUAAGAGAGGUUCAGGAGACCUUACUGAGCUUCAUUAGUGCCGACACCAUUCUGAUUGGACACGGCCUGGAAACAGACCUCUGUGCCCUGAAGUUCCUCCAUGGGAUGGUGGUGGACACGUCAGUGGUCUUCCCCCACCGUCUGGGUCCCCCUCACAAGCUGACCCUCAACAACCUCACUGCAGAAUACCUCAGGAGGAUCAUCCAAGAGAGUGUUUGUGGCCACGACACUGCAGACGAUGCUGCUGCCUGCAUGGAGCUUAUGUUAUGGAAGGUCAAGGAAGAUGGAAAACUGAAAAAAUGAUGGAAAUAAAACACCACAACCUGCACCUAUCUACACACAGACACAACCAAAAAAUUAUAUUGUUAUGCAAAUUUGACAGUCACUGAUAUUUGUGUAAAGCUCUUUUGCUUUGUCCUGAUAAUAUGGUAGGGCUGUUCAUCUUUUUUUAUAAGUUGCAUUACAUCACUUGAUUUUUGUUACUUAAUACAAUAUUUUCUGUGUUAUCUCAAUUUACAGCCAAUAUGUCCAUGUCUGUAUAAAUAUUGUUAUUGGCACUCUUGUGUGCCAAGAAAACCUGUUGGGUCAUGAGGGGUGUCAUUGAUAUUAAGUAAAGGCAUAGCAUGAAA